CAUUGGCUCUUUUUCCUUUUGCAGGGAGCCAAUAACGGCCAGAUACGGCGAGCCGUAAAGGACACGUUAUCCAACCCUCAGUCCCCGCAGCCGUCUCCCUACAGCUCACCCAAAUCCCAACAUAAAGUAAACCAGAGCUUCCUGCCCCCUGGAUGGGAAAUGAGACUUGCACCGAAUGGACGGCCGUUCUUCAUCGACCACAACAGCAGAACCACCACAUGGGAAGAUCCUCGCUUAAAGUAUCCUGUUCACAUGAGAACAAAAGCAUCCCUGGACCCUGGCGACCUCGGCCCACUUCCUCCUGGGUGGGAGGAACGAGUGCACGCAGACGGAAGAACCUUUUACAUCGACCAUAACACCAAAAAAACGCAGUGGGAAGACCCUCGCCUCCAGAGUCCUGCCAUAACUGGACCUGCGGUGCCAUAUUCCAGAGAAUUCAAGCAGAAGUAUGACUACUUCAGAAAGAAGUUAAAGAAGCCGGCAGAUAUUCCGAACCGUUUUGAGAUGAAGCUGCACAGGAAUAACAUCUUGGAGGAGUCGUACAGACGCAUCAUGUCCCUGAAGAAACCCGACAAUCUGAAGGCCCGUCUCUGGAUCGAGUUUGAAUCGGAGAAAGGCCUGGACUAUGGGGGCGUGGCCAGAGAAUGGUUCUUCCUGCUCUCCAAGGAGAUGUUUAACCCUUAUUAUGGGCUGUUUGAGUACUCGGCCACAGAUAACUACACACUUCAGAUCAAUUCAAACUCUGGCCUCUGUAAUGAGGAUCACCUCUCAUACUUCAAGUUCAUCGGUCGGGUGGCUGGCAUGGCUGUUUAUCACGGAAAGCUGUUAGACGGUUUCUUCAUCAGACCGUUCUAUAAAAUGAUGCUGGGCAAACAGAUCACACUGAAUGAUAUGGAGUCAGUGGACAGUGAAUACUACAACUCUCUCAAGUGGAUUCUGGAAAACGACCCCACAGAACUGGACUUGCGGUUCGCAAUUGAUGAGGACAACUUUGGACAGACAUAUCAGGUGGAUUUAAAGCCGAGCGGAUCAGAGAUGGUUAUAACCAAUGACAACAAAAAAGAAUACAUAGACCUGGUGAUUCAGUGGCGGUUUGUGAACCGGGUCCAGAAACAGAUGAACGCCUUUUUGGAGGGCUUCACCGAACUUAUUACUAUCGACUUGAUAAAGAUUUUUGAUGAGAACGAACUGGAGCUGCUGAUGUGUGGUCUGGGUGACGUGGAUGUCAAUGACUGGAGGCAGCACACCGUCUAUAAGAAUGGCUUCUGUCCUAAUCACCCUGUAAUCCAGUGGUUCUGGAAGGCCGUGUUGUUAAUGGAUGCAGAAAAGCGGAUCCGACUUUUGCAGUUUGUCACUGGAACAUCCAGAGUGCCAAUGAACGGCUUUGCUGAACUCUACGGCUCCAAUGGGCCGCAGUUGUUUACUAUCGAGCAGUGGGGGACACCUGACAAACUCCCUCGUGCUCACACAUGCUUUAAUCGUCUGGACCUCCCGACGUACGAGACGUUUGAAGACCUGCGAGAGAAGCUUCUGAUGGCGGUGGAAAACGCUCAAGGCUUCGAGGGGGUCGACUAAAGAAAUCCCUUUACAUCCACACGAUCUCCUAAUGCAAUCGACGAGCAAAGACAUGUACAACACUCACACACUCACGUCUAUAUCUACAUAUACACACUCUCGAGUUGCCAUUGUACAGCCGGAUCCCAGUGGUUGCAGGUGUGUGACGUCAGCACAGUAUAUGCAUGUGAUCUGUCUAGCUGAAACAGCAUUGGCAGUGAACCCGUUUGAAUGCCAAACAACCCUGCAGUAUGCCACAAAUCAUGCUCUCUCCUAACACGUUUCAUUUUAAAAUCCAACUCUGAGGCCGUGGUAACUUUUAUACUGAUGGGAAAUAAGGAAUGUCAGUAUUGGGGUGUGGCUUCAGAGUGGGCGUGGCCUUGACACAGCAUUAAAAAAAAUCCCAUUUCUGUGUUAAUUUCACAAACAUAAUAUAAGUUCAGUGGAGAGGCAACGAUUAACUCUCUUAUCAGGUCUUACUUACACCAGAUAACCUUAGGAAUCACAGCCAGGAUGAAGGGUGUAUCCUCUUCCUCCCUUAUCCCGCAAAGUAUGCCAAGUUCCCCCUUCCUUACUUCCUUCAUCGAGGAUUAUUUUUUUAUCUAGAAACAGGAAUUGUUUUUAAUAGUUUAUUAUUAUCGCUGUUAUUCUGAUAAUGUUAUCAUUCUUACAGAGGAAACAGAUAUUUGUACCAACAAUGUGGUUUACUGUUUUAAACAAUGUUAUCGGAAAUGCAUCAGUGGCCUGUCUUUAUUCAAUUUAACAUCCAUAUCAUUGUGGGUAAAAAACAAAAAAGACAAUAAAAAAAAAAUUAUUAACACGAUUAUUGUAUUGCUAUGAAAACUGGCAUGAACAUGUAUAUUUUGUUUAGAUAUGAUUACGUAGUAAUUGUAAAUCUAUUCUCCUUCUUGGUUGAGAGCAAAGAUUGAAAAGUCAACAUGCAUCGGACAUGUAGAUGAGUUAGUCUGAGAGGGUUUUCUUCAAUUGUAAUAAGUAUCGUUUUUAUCUGUAUUAUGAUUAUACCUGUUCAUAAUGCUGUAAAUGAGUUUGUUUGGGGAAAGACGUGAUUGGACUUUUACUGUACAUGUUAAAUCUGUUUGAAGUAUUAAAGAGCGACAGAGUGAAGCUGUCUUAAAAGCGCUGUGAUUCAACACUGAAAAAGUCUUGUAGACUUUCAGGAUGAAAACUUUCUUUCUUUCGGUCUUAAUUUCUUUGUCUUGUUUCUUCUAACACCACUGUACCUAAAAGGCCACUUCAUUGAUCACCCUAGGGUCAUGUCACCUGUUUGUUUGUUUUAGUUUUUUUGUGAACUUGAAUCUGAUUAUCUGUUAUGUUCUUUUAAAAGCGCUCAGUUCCUUGGUGCAAUAUCGCCCGUUUAUAAUCAGCUUGCUGCUAACAUAUCAGAUCACAGCUCGGCCCUACAGCUGAUCUGGAGUCAGUCUGGUUCUUCAGUGUGAAUCUGGAUCAGCUCUGUAGGAACGAGCUCCGCCUGGACUAAGACUUCAAACUGGUUCUUUUUCUGUUCUUUUUUCCAGUCUUUUAGAAAAGAGAACACUCAUACUUUUCGGCCGGCGUGGCUCACUAGGUUUGUGAUAAUAUUAUGAUUAUUGUUAUAAAUGACCCUUCCUAUUUUGUGGGGACAGUUCUUUUUUUAUUGAUGAGGAACAUUUACUGUCUGGUUCCUGUUCACCACAAGACCUUGCGAUUCGUAUAACUUCAUUCAAAAUAAACUCAUAAAUGGAA